CUGCUAGCUACAUAUUCCUCUCCCGUGCUAUUUGACUAGAGCUAGCUCUGCGCUGGCGUUUGAUAGGGAGGAGGUAAAACAAAGCGCGCGAGGCGAGGAUACACGCACGCAGGCUAGCUGAGAGACAUGGCCGGCGGUGCCGUCGUGGCGGCGAGCGACGGCCGCCCUGCCGCGGACUACGGCGGAGGCCUCACGCUGUCCGUGCUCACCACCUGCGUCGUAGCCGCCUCCGGCGGCCUGAUCUUCGGCUACGACAUCGGCAUCUCAGGCGGGGUGUCGCAGAUGGAGCCGUUCCUGGAGCGGUUCUUCCCGCACGUCCUGGAGAAGAUGGCGGCUUCAAAGGGGAACGACUACUGCCUCUACGACAGCCAGGCGCUCACGGCCUUCACGUCGUCGCUGUACGUCGCCGGGCUGGUGGCGUCGCUCGUGGCCAGCCGCGUCACCAAGGCCAUGGGUCGCCAGGGGAUCAUGCUCAUGGGUGGGGCGCUCUUCUUCGCCGGCGGCGCCAUCACCGGCGCGGCCGUGAACGUCGCCAUGCUCAUCAUCGGCCGCAUGCUGCUCGGCUUCGGCGUCGGCUUCACCAACCAGGCUGCUCCUCUGUUCCUGGCGGAGAUGGCCCCGACGCAGUGGCGCGGCUCCCUCACCGCCGGCUUCCAGUUCUUCCUCGCUGUGGGCGUGGUCGUCGCCAACCUCACCAACUAUUUCACCGCGCGCAUCUCCUGGGGCUGGCGCCUGUCCCUGGGCCUGGCGGGCGCGCCGGCCGUCGUCAUCUUCGUGGGCGCCCUCUUCCUCACGGACACCCCCAGCAGCCUCCUCAUGCGCGGCCAGCCGGAGAGCCGCGCACGCGCCGCGCUCCUCCGCGUGCGCGGCCCGGGCGCCGACGUUGACGCCGAGCUCAAGGACAUCUCGCGCGCCGUGGAAGUGGCCCGGCAGAGCGAGGACGGCGCGUUCCGCCGGAUGGCGACGAGGCGCGAGUACCGCCCGCACCUGGUGCUCGCCGUGGCCGUGCCCAUGUUCUUCCAGCUCACGGGCGUCAUCGUGCUCUCCUUCUUCUCGCCGCUCGUGUUCCACACCGCCGGCUUCGGCAGCAACGCCGCGCUCAUGGGCGCCGUCAUCAUCGGCGCCUGCAACCUCGUGGCCCUCAUACUUUCCACCCUCGUCAUCGACCGCUACGGCCGCAAGGUGCUCUUCAUGGUCGGCGGCAUCCAAAUGAUCAUUUCCCAGGUUGCGGUGGCAUGGAUCAUGGGAGCGCAGGUGGGGAAGAAGGGGGAGGCGCCGAUGGCGAGGCCGUACGGGUUAGCGGUGCUGGUGUUCACGUGCCUGCACGCGGCAGGGUUCGGGUGGUCGUGGGGGCCGCUGGGGUGGGUGGUGCCGGGAGAGAUAUUCCCGGUGGACAUCCGGUCGGCGGGGAACGCCAUGAACGUGUCCAUCGGCCUCGGCCUCACCUUCGUGCAGACGCAGUCCUUCCUCCCCAUGCUCUGCCGCUUCAAGUACGCCACGUUCGCCUACUACGCCGCCUGGGUCGCCGUCAUGACCGUCUUCAUCGCGCUGUUCCUGCCGGAGACCAAGGGCGUGCCGCUCGAGUCCAUGGCCACCGUCUGGGUCAAGCACUGGUACUGGAAGCGCUUCGUGCAGCCGCAACCAAAGAGCGCCGAGGCACUCACCUAAUUAAUACUCCUACUUGAUUUACCAGACUAAAGUAGUACGAUUAGUUUUGUUUUUUUGUUCUAUAAUCCAUUCGAACCAGCAGCGCAUUUGCGCAGCUAUAUUUGUCAUGCUUUUGUUAUGGCAUUGUUUUUAUCUACCUAUUAUAUUAGUUGUAAGGUCUGUAAUCUUCAAACUGAGAAAAACUUGUUAUCUGAAAUUAACUAUGUAAAAACUGGUUAGGCAUUGUUUCUGUGUU